AUGAACUUUCAAUAUAAAGGACGUAUUAAAAAAAUAUUCGAGAACUUAGAAAGUACAGACACCCAUCAGUCCUCUAAGAAGGACGUCAUUGAAGAGACCAAUUAUGUCGUCAAUGAUGAUGGCAGUUUAUCUUUAGAAGCAGAAAAACCUACUACUAAAACUUUAGUAGGCAAUCCUAAAAAUAUAAUGCUUACUGAAGACAAAGACAUGAUAUUAUUUAACCCUUGUACUUCUGAUAAAAAUAUGUUACGUAACAUCGAACCCCAACCUUGUUCACCAAUAUUUUCAGUUUCAUCCAAUUUGAUAAAUUUAAACAGGUUAAGCCCAAUAGUCACAAUAUUAUUAGAUGAUGAUACACGUGAUUGCGAAGACACUGUAACACGACCCAAUUUAGAACCAAGUGAUGCUACUACAAGUGUUGAAGGACAUGCAAGCUCAUCAGUAUCUCCAAGUAUUUUGAAGUUUAAUGAUUCUGAUGAUAUACAACCAACAGAAAAAAAACGAAAGAAAAAACCAAAUAAAGAAACGUGGGAAAAAAUAAAGAAUCAGAAACUCAGGGAAAAGGGUGAAGAAUACAAAGGUAGACAUAAAGAUGCAGGAAUAUGGAACUACAACAUUUCUAAAAAGGAAUCAAACGUAAAACCAAGAUGCAACUGCAAACUAAGCAAUAAAACUACAAAACUUGAAUGUGCUAAACUAACUGAAGAAGAAAGAACAGAUAUUUUUGAGGAAUUCUGGAGAAUGAGUUGGAAAGAGAAGAAAAUUUAUGUGAGGUCACUAGUUGUUGUAAAACCCAAAGCAAGAAGUAGAGCUAAUGAAUCUGAAUCAAAGAGAAAAAAUUCUUUGGAGCUAUAUCUAAAAAAAAAAUACAAAAAACAUUCGGGUUUGCAAGACCAUGUUUCUGAACUCACUAACCAUAGGGGAAUGGGCUUUAAAAGGUUGGAUAAAAAACAAUGAAUGAUGAAAAACAAAACAUUAAUAAACCAAAAGUUGAUAAG